GGCGCGGCGGGGCAGGCCCGGCGGAGCAGCCGCCGCCGCCGCCCCGCAUGGCCAACGUCGCCAAGAAGGUGUCCUGGUCCGGCCGCGACCGCGACGACGACGAGGACGGGCGUGCGGGCGAAACCACCCCGCUGCUCAACGGUACCGGCCCGGGUGCGGCGGGCAGCGGCCGGCAGCUCACUCCUUCCUCCUUCCUGCGCAUCGGGCAGCUGAGCAAUGUGGACCUCAACGAGGACAUCCAUGAGCUGGAGACAGAGGUGCCUCGGCAGCGUCCCAACGAGAUCCCCCACAACGAGAAGCUGCUGUCACUCAAGUACGAGAGCUUGGACUAUGACAACAGUGAAAACCAGCUAUUCCUGGAGGAGGAGAGGAGGAUAAACCAUGCGGCUUUCCGCACGGUGGAGAUCAAGCGCUGGGUGAUCUGCGCCAUGAUCGGCAUCCUCACCGGCCUCGUCGCCUGCUUCAUCGACAUCGUGGUGGAGAACCUGGCUGGGCUCAAGUACCGGGUGGUGAAGGACAACAUUGACAAGUUCACAGCCAAAGGGGGCCUCUCUUUUUCCCUGUUACUCUGGGCCACCCUGAAUGCCAGCGUGGUGAUGGUGGGCUCUCUGAUCGUUGCCUUCAUAGAGCCUGUGGCAGCUGGCAGUGGCAUUCCCCAGAUCAAAUGUUACCUCAAUGGCGUGAAGAUUCCACACGUUGUCCGGCUCAAGACCCUGGUGAUCAAAGUCUGCGGGGUCAUCCUCUCGGUGGUCGGCGGCCUGGCUGUUGGGAAGGAAGGACCCAUGAUUCACUCUGGAUCCGUGAUUGCUGCUGGGAUCUCCCAGGGAAGAUCCACGUCCUUAAAGCGAGACUUCAAGAUCUUCGAGUACUUCCGCAGAGACACAGAAAAGAGGGAUUUUGUGUCGGCCGGAGCUGCCGCCGGCGUCUCGGCUGCUUUUGGUGCUCCCGUGGGGGGUGUCCUGUUCAGCUUGGAGGAAGGGGCUUCCUUCUGGAACCAGUUCCUGACAUGGAGAAUCUUCUUUGCCUCCAUGAUCUCCACCUUCACGCUGAACUCUGUCCUGAGCGUUUACCACGGCAAUGCCUGGGAUCUCUCCAGCCCUGGGCUUAUCAACUUCGGCAGAUUUGACAGCGAGAAAAUGGGAUACACAAUCCAGGAAAUUCCUAUCUUCAUCUUUAUGGGAGUGGUUGGUGGGAUCCUCGGAGCCCUGUUCAAUGCCCUCAAUUACUGGCUGACAAUGUUCCGGAUCAGGUACAUCCACCGGCCCUGCCUCCAGGUGGUUGAGGCCAUGCUGGUGGCAGCAGUGACGGCGACCGUGGGGUUUGUCAUGAUUUACUGCUCAAGAGAUUGCCAGCCCAUCCAGGGCAGCUCCGUGGCAUAUCCCCUGCAGCUUUUCUGUGCUGAUGGAGAGUACAACUCCAUGGCCACUGCCUUCUUCAACACACCCGAGAAGAGCGUUGUCAACCUCUUCCAUGACCCUCCAGGUUCCUACAACCCCAUGACACUGGGCAUGUUCACACUGAUGUAUUUCUUCCUGGCCUGCUGGACCUAUGGCCUGACAGUGUCUGCAGGGGUCUUCAUCCCCUCCCUGCUGAUCGGGGCAGCCUGGGGGAGGCUCUUCGGCAUCUCCCUGUCCUACCUGACCAGGGGCUCGAUCUGGGCUGAUCCU